UUGUUUCAGAUUAAAUUUGACGUUCAGGGUCAAGAGGUAAUCAUUCCUCUGUCAGAAGAAGACAGUAGUGAAGAGCUGGAGCCCACAUCAUGUGAAACUACCAAGAGAGUGCUGGCAGCGAAAGACAGUGGUCUGAUAUCAGAUGAGGCGUAUCAUGAGUUACGAAUGUCCUUGCCAGAAGACCAGCGUUUUGCCUUACCGUCCAGUGCGUUAAUUAUAUUGGAUUAAUAGGCAUUUAGAGGUUAAUCUAUUUCGUUUAAAUUUCUCGAAGUGCCGUAACGUAGUCGUUAAUGUGCAAAGCGUGCGCACUAGAGCAUUGUUUACAGUGGAUUUCGAUCAGUGCUGUAAAACAAGAAAGAAACAAGCAGAAUGAAAUUGUUAAUAUUGAAUAUUGA